AUGUUGGGAUAUGGGAGAGAUGUUUCUGGGAGUAUGGUGUACCUCUCAGAAACACUGACUGCAAUGAAAAAUCAUAAUGAAGGAGAAGAGAGACUUGUCCCUAUUCAUGUUGAUGGAGAUGGUCAUUGUCUAGUGCAUGCCAUCUCAAGAGCACUUGUUGGCCGGGAGCUCUUCUGGCAUCCUCUUCGAUCACAUUUGAAGAAGUUUCUCCAAGACAAUCUCUCCAGGUUCAAAGAUCUUUUGGCUGAGUUUGUGGAGCCUUUGGAAUGGGAAGUGAUCAUCAAUGAAUGUGACCCUGAAUACAAACCUCCUGUAGGGGAGUCUCUUGGGCUACGAAACAUCCAUGUGUUUGGAUUGGCAAAUGUCUUACACAGGCCCAUUGUGUUACUUGAUUCCCUGGCUGGCAUGCAGCGAUCUGGUGAUUAUGCUGUAUUUUCAAAGAAAUUCACUCUGAACACAGAGAAAAGUACCAUGCUUGCAACACCUUGUAUCAGGGAAAGGUAUAAGUGUCAUCAGAAUGGCAAGAAGAUGGCAGGAGAGGACGAAAGAAAGCCAGGGGUCGGCCGGGAAUUGAACCCGGGUCAGGAAGUCUGGACCUCCAGACUUAGUACACAAAUGACUGCCAGGCCUUUCGGAUACUUGGGUGGUGAGUACAUGGGAGUAUACACAAAUGUCCUCUAUGGGACCAAUGUCCUCUGCGGGACUAUACAAUCGGGGCCUCCCCCUCAACUCCACCAUGCCUCUUCACAAAUCCACCCUCACUACUCAUGCCACGGAAAAUUGCCAGUAUUGCACCGUUCCCUAAUUCCAAAAGUUUGGGGUUUGGAAAAUGCUCUUGUGGAACAAUACAUGGAUUUUGGGAAAGAUGGAAGUCUUGUGAUUGGAGGGGAUCGCAUCUUGCCAGACAUGUACAUCCUCAGGUUGGCUACAGCUAUGGACCAGCUUUUCCUGGACAAGUAUAAAGUCCAUCCAGCCUUGGUCUCUGAUGUACAUCAUUAUGUUUUCAAGAGAUCUGGAGUGGUUGGAGUGACUGCAAUGGAAGUGAUUCAGGCAACUCAGAAAGCAGUGUCUCAAGGAACCCUCUACUCUUGUAUAUCAUGUCAUGCUGUAUCUGGGACAUUUGUAUCAAAUGAAUGGUUUAAGCCCUCUGGUGUACUAUAUGAAAAUGCCGUCAGCCAGUAUGGAGCUCUUCGGCCAGAGAAGAGAUACAACUUUCCCAAUCAGGGUUUGGUAUGCUCCUUUGAUGCUGUGAAAAAUGAACUCAUCCCAGAACUAGACACACUGAAGAUAGAGAUAUGUCCUUGUUGUCAGAGGCGCUGCAUGCGACCAGUGAGAGGGGAUGGAAGUGUGAUCUACAAGAAUGGAGAUCACACAAGAACAAGAGCUCUGAAGAGUCGCUGCCCAUAUGGAUUUAAGCACUUCUGGGAUGGCCAGGAAUAUGAUAAUUUGCCACAAAUGGUCACUGUAACCCUAAUGCAUGGAAGUGGUCCAAUUUUUGAGCAGGUCCCUUGGUUCCAAAAUGAAAGUGACCCUUCCAUGAACUCCAAUGCCUACAACAUUGCUUCUAAGGUGGUACAAAAAUAUUUUCCUGAAGCAGUGAGGCUGGCCAUGCUCACAUUUUCAUCAGCUAUGGUGAUUCCUAUGCCCUCAGGAGAGUUUGGGAAGGAGCGAUUGGUGCAUCAGCUAGUGGAGCAGAUUCUUAUGUUUACAAAGAGGCCAGAGGCUUUGGAAAGCAGACAAUGUGAGGGAGGAAUGGAUUCAUCAACCACAGACACUUCAAACUUUCCUCAUCGUGCCCCACCUGACAAAAUCAUUCUCACUGGUCACAGCUCCAAGACUCUGCAUAAGGAAGAACUGAAAUGUGGGAAAACUGAAAGAGAGGUGAGAGAGGCAGUGCGCAAGAAAGCCCCUGUGAUGCAGAAGAGAGUAUCAGGAAACAUGGAGAUGGAGACUGAGAAGACCAGGAAGCAAGGGAACUUGAGCAUGAAAUCCCACACUCCCUCUACUGUGUCUCCUCCUUCAGAAUCACUUGAUCCUAAGGGGAUGAAAGGAAUUAGGGUUGCCACUUCAGAUGGGAAACAGGCUAUGGUGGAACUCCCACAUGCCUUGACAUUUGAGGCAUUGGUUGGAUCUGUGGCCAAAGCUUUUGGGAUUCGGCAAGAAAGGAUCAAGCGGCUCCUUUGGGGAUUCCCACCCAAGGAACUUUCACCAUCUGACCCUCUUCCUUUGAAGGAGCCCGGCAUCGGCUGCAUGGGAAAGGUCAAUCCCUUGGGCUUUUUUGGUGAUAGUGCCCUGCUGUAUGGCUGUUGGAUGCUCCAACAGGAGUGA